AUGUUCUCCCUACCCUCAUUCAUAACCUCCCUCCCCUUCGCCCUUCCCUCCCUCCCCUCCAUCUCGCUCCCUGCCAACAUACAGCGCCGCUUCCUUUCCUAUAUCCUCAAGCGUACGCUCGGCAGGUUUGUCCUCCAUAAGGCGUUGGAUGCGGAACGGAUCCAAGCGCAGGUCAGCGCGGGCCGGGUAGAACUCGAGGAGCUGCAGGUUGAUUCGGCGGAGAUUAACAGCUACAUUCCGCCCAAUGUACCACUCACUCUUACGAGUGGCUCGCUCGGGCGCCUUACAGCCCGCCUCCCCUUCCCCAAUCUCUGGUCAGACCCCCUGAGCGUAUCUCUGGAUACACUCACACUCGACUUUACCCUCGCCUCCCCUUCUCCUGUAUCGCACGGAAAGGCAUCACACCCCGCCGACCACCACCACGACCUUGCCGAAUCGGUCACCUCCGCUGCCGAUGAUUUCUUGCACCUCGAGCUGGAUGCGUAUGAAGAGAAGGAGCUGGAAGGGUCGAUCAGACAGAGCUUGAUUUUGUCGCAGACGGAUCCAUUCGAGAGCGAUCUGCCAGGAGGAUUCCCUUCGAGUUUACCGACCGGCCAUAUCAGCCCCGGGCAACCGUUACCAGCAGAUAUCGAAAGCACGACUGUCCUCGCGGGGAUGGUUGAGCGGAUACUGGCGAGGCUCGACCUCAAGGUGGAGAAUGUCGUGAUACGUGUCAAGACUGAAGGCGAAGAGGAAGGCAUAGUUGAGCUGCGCAUUCGCAAAGUUCAGUAUGCGGAUGAAAGCGAGACGCAAUUAGCGGAGGCGAGUACCACACGAUCAAUACGCAUUUCUGGCGUCGACAUUGUCUCGGUCCCUUCAUUCCCUCCUCCCUCCUCUCCCCCCGUUUCUCGGCAGCAGCCGCGCACGUCCUCAGUCUCUUCUGGCUCGUCGAAAGCUUCUUCAUCGGAUGAAGAGUCGGCAGACAUGUACAUGUCUCAAGCCGUCGCGGACUUGAGGGAAAGUCUGGCGGACGUCAGACUCUCCCCCAUGCAGUCGUCCUCGUCAUCGGAAGACGAGCCGAGUGUGUACGAAAGCGCGCUCUUCCAUAGUGUUAUCGAAGAGCAGCCCGGGCUGUCGGGGAUCCCAAAUAUGCCACCAGCGGGUAGCUCGAGCUCUGAUACGGAGGACGAGGGUUCCCGGUCCGCUACUCCCACGCCCGAGGCAAAGUCUCAGCCCAGAUCUCCUUUACCAGCAACACCCAUCCUCAGCUUUGGCCAAGAGGAUAUCGUGCUUCGCAUGCGUACCACUCGCCCCUCGCCUCUCUUGAACGAGGCCGCACCUCAGUCAACUUUACCAAAGGUUGAUGUAGAGGUCCUUGUGGGGACUGUCGCAGCUGUCAUCUUGCCUUCUCAACUACGUCUCUUGAUAUGUGCUUUGCAGAACCUGUCGCAAACCGAGUCCAGUACUGAAGAACCGCUCCCUACCACCAAAAGCCAACCUCGCAUGACGGUCAUCAACCGUAUCAAGUCUUUCCAGCUUGUCGCAGUGUACGAUCUCUCUGCCGCCCAGUCCCCCCAGCUCCUCAAAGCUCUCGAAACUCACUUUGCGAGACCGGCCUCGUCCUUGCCUUUCAAUCACCUUCGUUUCAAAUUGGAGCAACUGGAGGCAAUAUACCAAAGUCAAGGCCAGGCGGGACCUCGUCCAGUGCGCGCUAUGAGCUCGGCUCCUGCGGCUGGUCUCAGGAGGCGCUCUUCGGCACACGCCAGGUUUGGGCCGGUGCCCACUUCACUUUCCGUGACUGUCCAAGACAUGUCGCUGCUCGAGCAUUUCAUCCCUAGAGAUAGUGAAGAAGACGUGGCUCUCCCGAUAGUCCUCUUUGACCCGGGUUUGGCAAGGCAGUACGACUUGCCCACUUCGCGCGCCAAACAAUCGGCCAUGCCUGAAUUUGAGAGCAUGGACUGGCGCGCGCCGAGAAGGUCUGGGGUGGAGAGGCAGUGGAAAGUGAGGCAGAGAGGAAGAGGGAUAUUGAAAGAUGCCAAGAAGGUGGAAGAAGGACCGGUGGUGGUCCUCAAGAAGGACUCUGGAGGUAAGCAUCCAGAGAUAUUGUUGAGCAAUGCUGACUUGGUGCUAGCGCCGGUGGUCACUCUGCUACCCGUACAUGUUUUCCUCGACUUGUCUCUGGUGGAACGCCUUCUGCCUUUACUGCGCGCUACCACACCGCUCAUCCACAAGACUGAGCCUGCUCCGCCAUCAUACCCCUCUUUCAAUCAGGAAGUGACCCCCGAGUCUAUCAUUUCCUCCCUGUCCGCCCCCUCUCCCUCAAAGUCGUCAAACACCAAGGCAGAAAUUCGGUGCAGUAUGCUUCGGCUGGAUGUGCGGUGCCCAGAACCGCCGCCCGAGGGGGUGGAGAGAGAGGCAUGGAGUGAAGGGUCUGGAUUGAGGUCUGGAAUCUUCAGCGUGGAUGUGCAUGGGUUGGGGGUCAAGCUUCUGCAUGGCCCCGACGCCGGACAUCAAGGAAAAGAGGUAGCAAAGGUGGAGUUUGAAAGUACCUUGUUCUUCUUUGCUCCUGCAGGACAGCGUAAUGCCUGUGCAUUCCUCGCGCUCUCGCCUCUCACGCCCGAUCCGGACGAAGACGAUGUGCCGCUUCUCCCGUCGGUCUCUGUCUCAACCGUCGCGUCUUCCCCUCUCACCGACGCUUCCUCGCCAAAAACAACACUUGUCACUUGCAAGAUCCCGGCCAUACAUUCGUCCCUGCAUCGCUCUCUCGUCGUCGGUCUGCAGUACUUUGCGGAUGACACUACCCGUUGGCUGGACGGCACAUUCUCCGAUGGGUCUGCCAAGCCGCGGGACGAGCUCAAGAUGAUUGGGAGCCGCUUUUUCGGCGGUUCGAAAGGGAGCGAGGCGAGUAGUGAGGUGGAAGAGGAAGAAGAGGGGAAGGGUGCGGGUCUGCGAGUAGCGGUGGAAAUCAACGAAGUUGACGUGGGGCUGUUUGUUCCUCGGCUGGAAGAUAGCGGAGGAGAGAGAAUGUUUAGCCUCAAAGCAAGCGAUCUGGAUGUGCGAAUGGAGACAAACCCGGUCAAGAACGAGACGGCGCUGACCGUCUCGGUGAUGGAUUUGGACUUCUCCGAUGUGUCAUCCGAGACGUCGAGGCGUAUUCUUGGUCGUACUACGCCAUUCACUCUGACUUCCCACCAAGCACCAAUCGUUUAUAUCCGAUUCGUGUCCUCUACCGAUCGGCUGACGACAAUGAAGGAGAGCAACAUCUCACUUACUCUCUCGCACUUUACGUUUGCGACUCACAAAGAGAUCAUCUGGCUGCACGAAUUGCUGGCGUUCAUCAAGCCUCCCGAGGGAGUCUUUGAGAACCUCUCCCCGACAGAUGUGACCAAGCUCAGUGUCAGCUUGUCGUCGGCGUCCGUCUUACUUGUACCGCCAAACGUGCCGGGAUCAAUCGUCAUCAUCGCUAGGGAAGUUGAGGGUUGGACAGAGAUGCGGAGGGGUGCCGAGGAGAACCCGAUACACGUCGGGAUCGGAGGGAUGGGUGCUUUGGCUAUCGAAGGGGACAGCGGACCUCUAGAGGUCGCCGGAAGCUUGAGUGACAUAUGGAAGAAAGCAGGUUAUGCUCAGCUGAUUGAAGUGACGGUUUUGGAGCUGCAGUUGCUACGACGAAUGGCGGAGCUUGGUGAGACAUCACUUGAUAUCACCGAUGCGCAAUUCAAGGUCACUGCUUGUGCAGACUCCUUGGCCUCAUUUGGCGAGCUCGCAACCGACUUUGGCAAGCUCUUCCCUAAUGAAAAGUUGGUACCCAUCAAAUCUCCAGCGCUCAAAGAAUCGAUCAACGUAUUUGGUGAGCUGACCUUUUUUGACAAGCUGCAUCUGUGUUCUAACGCCUCUCUGACAGGGUCCCUGGAUGAGGAUGCUUUCAACGUUGUGCCCGAAAUUGUGUCGCACGCCGAUGCCGACAUGAUCGACGAUGAUUUGCCUCAAAACCUCGAUUACCUGGAUCACGCCACCCGCGUGCCGAAACACAAACCAAGCCUGGAUAGCUCCACUGGAGAAAGCUUGCGGACUUGGGAGAGCACUGGUGCACACGGAGAAGAUGAUCACUGGGGCCAUGGAGAAGAGGCCGAAACUGUGAGAGUCUUUGCGGGAAAGGUGCAAGAGGAGCAGGGGUAUUGGGAAGGGCUUCCAGUGCUCAACAAUGGAUUCUCUGCCGACGAACUUCCCGGCAAGACUCGCGUGCGAGUCCAUCGGGCCAGUCUCAAGCUCAUGCUUUACGACGGCUAUGACUGGUCUCGCACCAGAAAGGUCAUUGAAGAUGAAGUUCGAGCCGUUCGUCGCCGUCUAGAGCGCAUCCGACAGCUUCUCGCAUCUGGCCAGAAGGCCGACGAAUCUAUCGAGCGCACUGCCAGCAGCGUUCUAUUCAACUCUGUCUACGUCGGCCUGGAUCCUCAAAAAGCAGAUAUGAACCUUUCUGGGAUGGGGAUGGGCAAGAUGGACGAUAAAGCUCUCCUGGCUGCCAUCGAUGAAGAGUUGGGUGACAUGGAGACUGAAAGUCAAAGCUCUUGGCAGACCUUACCAGCUGGAGUUGGUGCUGGCGCGGGAGCCGUGCAUCAUGCCAAAAAGGUCAAACUGAAAGGGAAAAGGCUCACGAGGUCCAAAAAGCCUCAAAUCGAGAUCACGGUCUCGGAUAUCAAGGCUGACAUCGACCUCUAUGGACCCGGAGAGGCGACAUCUUCUCGCGUCCACUUUACAGCCAAAGAACUGGAAAUCCUCGAUCAUAUCAAGACGUCGACUUGGAAAAAGUUCUUGACCGAGCUCAAAUCAGACAAUCGAGGCAACAUCCGAGAAACGGAUGCCGACAUGAUUCGACUUGAGCUAGUCGGCGUGAGGCUUCAGGAAGGAGAGGAGGAAUUGCGUCUCAGGCUCAAGAUCCUUCCUUUGCGUUUACACGUUGAUCAAGAUGCGCUUGAUUUCCUCAAGCGAUUUUUCAGCUUCAAAGCGCCCUCCCUUGCUUCUCAACAGCCGCCCAAUCCCUCCCUGGCCUCACCUACGAAUCCCUCUCCCCACCCCUCUUCUGGCCCAUACUUUCAGCAUGUCGAGAUAUAUCCCAUUCAACUCAAGCUGGACUACAAGCCAAAGCGUGUCGAUUACAAAGCUCUUCGAGAGGGAAAGACCAUCGAAUUGAUGAACUUUUUCCACUUUGAGGGUGCCGAGAUGACCCUUCGCCAUGUUACUCUUUCGGGUAUCAGUGGUCUGGAGCGCUUGGGGAUGACAUUGCAAGAUCUUUGGACACCAGACGUCAAAGCCAACCAACUGGCCGAUGUCAUAUCUGGGGUGUCUCCCAUCCGCUCCAUGGUCAACGUCGGCUCUGGCGUGGCAGACCUGAUCUUGCUGCCCAUUGAGCAGUACCGCAAAGAUGGUCGUAUCGCUAAAGGCGUUCAGAGGGGCACCAACAGCUUUGUCAAGUCCACAGCCUUGGAGAUGAUGAAGCUUGGUGCUCGACUGGCCACUGGUACUCAGGUCGUCCUCGAACGUGCCGAAGGCAUGCUGGGAGGCCAGGCAGGCGAAGAGGUCAUUGCGCAGAGUUUGCCUGUGGAUGAUGAGUUUGGGAUCGAUAGCGGACUGUUAGGGACGGGCUCGAGUAGCGAGGAUGAGAGUGAGAUGGUCAGCCGCUACGCGAGCCAACCUGAGAAUGCGAGAGAAGGCGUUCAGGCGGCCUAUGCGAGCUUGUCCAAGAAUGUCAACGCGGCAGCUCAAACUAUUUUGGCGGUUCCCAUGGAGGUUUACGAGCGAUCCGGAGAUGAUGGCCCUCUCAAGGCUGUGGUCAGAGCCGUUCCUAUCGCCGUUUUGAAACCCAUGAUCGGUACCACCGAGGCCGUCUCAAAGACCCUUCUGGGUAUGCGAAACAGUCUUGAUCCCUCUGCAAGACGCGAGUUGGGUGACAAGUACAAGUAG